CUUUCUCCUAAAUCCACCCAGCCAUAUCUACACCUCUGAGAUACGGAGGUGAAGCGCAGAAUUGAGCAUAUAUUCUUACUUUUGUUCUUCUUCCAUCCCGUUCGUAGGUUUGGUAACACUUCGAACCUUCAAAGUGUCUACUUGUUUUCCUGCAACAUAAAUCUACCCUAUGCAACACCUUCUUUUUUGAUUAUUUUUUAUUCGCUGUGAUAUGCUUCAAUCAGGACUCAGGAGUAAUUGAAUUCAUUCAGGGUACAAACAAUAUUAAAUUCUGAGUUUGUAGUGUUUAUUCCCUAUCAAUUUGAAUUUUCUGCAAUCAUUAGCUUGCUUGAAUCAGAGUGGCUGUAUUUUUAUAUUAGGGGUAAUUUUGAUAUUCAAAUUAAUUUCGUUUAUUAAUGUUUCGUUUCGAGGCUGUUAAAUAGAACUACCCGUAUUUCUAAACUAGACUAGACUUGUAGAAUACAAUCGGUGCUCCUCAGUCAUCAUACCGGGAAAUACUCCAUCUCUUUGGCGACGUUCUUCAACAUGCAGUCAAAGAAAAGGGGUCUUUCCUUAGAGGAGAAGCGAGAGAGAAUGCUGCAAAUCUUUUAUGAUUCUCAAGACUUUUUCCUUUUAAAGGAGCUUGAGAAGUCAGGGCCUAAGAAAGGUGUGAUUAGCCAGUCGGUAAAAGAUGUUGUCCAAAGUUUGGUGGACGAUGACCUUGUUUCAAAAGACAAGAUAGGGACUUCUGUAUAUUUUUGGAGCCUUCCUAGCUGUGCAGGGAAUCAGCUAAGAAACGUGUAUAGAAAGCUUGAGACUGAACUCCAAAGCAGUAAAAAGAGACACUCAGAGCUUCUUGAACACUCUAAGAAUUUGAAGAAAGGACGUGAGGAAUCUGAUGAGCGAGAAGAGGCUCUAGAGGAGUUAAAAGCUACUGAACAGAAACACAUGGAGUUGAAGGAAGAGUUGGCACAGUAUGCAGACAACGAUCCCGCUACUAUUGAAAAAAUGAAGAGUGCAGUUCAAGUCGCUUAUGCUGCAGCCAACAGAUGGACAGAUAACAUCUUCACUCUGAGAGAAUGGUGUUCCAACAAAUUCCCUCAGGCCAAAGAGCAACUUGAUCACCUAUACAAUGAGGUGGGAAUCACAGACGAGUUUGACUAUUUGGAGCUACCUGCGGCAGUCCCCCAUCUCCCUGAUAAAGACCAGAUAGUGUGACUAGUGAGUGAGUGACUCAAUUUACGUGUUCUAAAAAUUGCUUUCUAUUUGCAAAAAAUUGCUUUCUCUACAACCACUCGUUAUUAUGAACCCAAGCUCAUCCCCAGCUCUCUGCCUGUCAGCCAAACUGGGCAUGAGUUUCUACUGCCACGUAGUUUUCACUUGAAUGUAUUGUGUAUGCAUGCAUGCAUGCCUCUCUUGUUGAAUCGUUAAGCCAACAUGAUGAGUACAAUUGGAUGUAUCAACUAUACCAGUGGUUUAAUUUAGGGCGGUUACCAUCCAAAACACCCAUAUCAUUAUACAAUAUAUGCUUGUUGCAUCACAUUUGUCUGAUCUUGGUCUGUCCUUUGGAGUUUCACUUUUAUAUCAUCGGCG